AUGUCCUCACUGAAUAGUCUGUUUCAAUUCACGUCUCCGGCUGUGAAGAAGUUGUUGGGAUGGAAGCAAGGUGACGAAGAAGAAAAGUGGGCUGAGCGGGCAGUGGAUGCCCUGGUGAAGAAGCUAAAAAAGAAGAAAGGUGCUCUGGAGGAGCUGGAAAAGGCCCUUCAAUGGCCGGAUCUCCAGAGUCACCACGAGCUGAAACCCCUGGACAUCUGCGAGUACCCCUUCUCAGCCAAGCAGAAGGAAGUCUGCAUCAACCCCUACCACUAUAAACGAGUCGAGAGUCCUGUGUUGCCACCAGUGUUAGUGCCUCGUCAUAGUGAAUUUCCACCUGGUCAUGGGGUGAUGUCCUUCCAACAGAUCCCAGAACCAUCCAUGCCACACAAUAUCUCCUUCUCCCCACAUGGGUUCACAGGAAGUGGUACAGGGGGAGGUGGAGGCAGUGGAACAGUGAACCAGGGGAAUGGGAAUCCACCAAGUCCAGCCAUGAGCAAUGUCUCUGGGGUCCCUUCCCCUGCCCCUCAGAGCCCCUUCUCCAACCCUAGCAAAGCGGAAACUCCUCCUCCAGCGUACAGUCCUCGAGAUGAUACAACUGAUGCCAUGGACACAACAGCUUCAAUUCUACCUGAUGUUCAACCUGUUGCUUACCAGGAACCAACGGUGUGGGCCACAAUCGCAUAUUAUGAAUUGAACUCUCGUGUUGGAGAAGUGUUCUAUGCUCAUUCUCAUUCAAUUAUCGUUGAUGGCUUCACAAAUCCCUCCAACAACAAUAACAGAUUCUGCCUUGGCCUCCUCUCCAAUGUGAAUCGCAAUUCUACCAUCGAGAACACACGACGACACAUUGGCAAAGGUGUUCACUUGUAUUAUGUGGGAGGGGAGGUCUAUGCAGAAUGUCUGUCAGACAGUGCAAUCUUUGUGCAGUCGCGCAACUGCAACUACCAUCACGGGUUCCAUCCAACCACUGUCUGCAAGAUUCCUCCUGGCUGCUCCCUCAAGAUCUUCAACAAUCAAGAAUUUGCAUCCCUUCUCUCACAAAGUGUCAAUCAGGGCUUUGAGGCUGUUUAUGAACUCACCAAGAUGUGUACCAUCAGGAUGUCAUUUGUGAAAGGAUGGGGAGCAGAGUAUCAUCGCCAAGAUGUGACUAGCACUCCAUGUUGGAUUGAGGUCCAUCUCCAUGGUCCACUCCACUGGCUAGACAAAGUCCUCACUCAAAUGGGAACUCCCCACAAUCCCAUCUCCUCUGUUUCCUAAACUCUUUCAAUUGUCCCUGCUGUGAAUUCAGAUUCAUUUCAUACUCCCAGAAACACAAACUCCAUUGUAAAUCUCUUUUGAGUAAUCUGAAAAAGGGGUUGAAUCCAUAAGGAUAUGAAGUUAGUCUGAAUUCCCAGUAUCUUCCCUCUGCUUUUUUUUUAUAUUUUUCUAACUCCCAUCUCUCUCUGCCUGUCUAUUUUGACAUCACAUUCGUGUCUGCUCAUGUGACAUGGAACGUAUGCAUAGCGUAUGGGUGUUGUGGUGCCUGAAGAACUUGAUGAUCUCAGAAGUGCAUGUGUUUUUAGUUUUUUUGUGCGGGCAUUCUCCAAUAUGGAUUUUUUCCCUUUGUUUUCUAAGAUGUGCCAUUUUUUGUUGAAUGGUUGCUUUCACGAUAUGCC